UAAGUGCUGAAUCCUGAACGUCUUCAGAGUCAGUGCUUACACCGUCCCACCAGAUGGCGAUAGUGAGCGCUGAGCCCAUUCUGAGCUGAUAGAAAAAAAACACAAACAACCACAAGAAAACCACAAAACCAAGAUGGCGGUGCAGGAGACAGCAUCUCAACUGUCCAUGGCUCUCAAAGUCCAAGAAUAUCCCACCCUGAAGGUGCCAUACGAGACUCUGAACAAACGCUUUAGAGCGGCUCAGAAGAACAUCGACAGAGAGACGAGUCACGUCACAAUGGUAGUUGCAGAGCUGGAGAAAACGCUCAGCAGCUUCCCCGUGGUUGACUCGGUGGUGUCCCUGCUGGAUGGAGUGGUGGAGAAACUCAGUGCCCUGAAGAGGAAGGCUGCAGAGUCCAUUCAAGCAGAAGACGAGAGUGCCAAGCUGUGUAAGCGUCGCAUCGAGCACUUAAAGGAGCACAGCAGCGACCAGCCAGCUUCAGUUAACCUGUGGAAGAAGAAACGGAUGGACCGCAUGAUGGUGGAGCAUCUGCUGCGCUGUGGCUACUACAACACAGCUGUGAAACUGGCCAGACAGAGCGGUAUAGAGGAUCUGGUGAACAUUGAGAUGUUCCUCACAGCUAAGGAGGUGGAGGAGUCUCUGGAGAGGCAGGAGACAGCCACUUGCCUGGCUUGGUGCCAUGACAACAAGUCCCGCCUCCGCAAGAUGAAGAGUUGUCUUGAGUUCAGUCUGAGAAUCCAGGAGUUCAUUGAGCUCAUCAGACAAAACAAGCGCAUGGAUGCAGUGCGACAUGCUAGAAAGCACUUCAGCCAAGCAGAAGGUGGACAGUUGGAUGAGGUUCGGCAGGUGAUGGGCAUGCUGGCCUUUCCAUCAGAUACGCACAUCUCUCCAUACAAGGAUCUGUUGGAUCCAGCCCGCUGGAAGAUGCUGAUCCAGCAGUUCCGAUAUGACAAUUACAGACUGCAUCAGCUGGGAAACAACUCUGUCUUCACCAUCACCCUGCAGGCUGGUCUGUCUGCCAUCAAGACACCUCAGUGCUACAAGGAGGAUGGCACCUCUAAAAACCCAGACUGCCCAGUGUGCAGUAAAUCUCUUAACAAGUUGGCUCAGCCUCUACCCAUGGCCCACUGCGCCAAUUCCAGACUAGUCUGUAAAAUCUCUGGAGAGGUCAUGAAUGAAAACAACCCUCCCAUGAUGCUGCCUAAUGGAUAUGUUUACGGCUACAAUUCUCUUCUGUCCAUUCGCCAAGAUGACAAAGUGGUGUGUCCCAGAACCAAAGAAGUCUUCAACUUCUCUCAGGCGGAGAAAGUGUACAUCAUGUGAUUGCUCGGAUGACGCUUCUGAGUAUCAACCACAUCAGAUACGGCCCGUCGCCCAUCACCUGUGACCCGGCCUGCUCAGAGCCACCUGUGGAGCUGUGAUCCAGUGCCCUUCCUCCCACAGACAAAACCCACAUGUUCGUGGAGACUCCACCACCCCAUCCCAUCCAGUUCCUCUACAUGAUCAGCUCAAGUUAGCCCACCCAGACCCCGUGCCCCCCCCACCCCCUCCAUUUUAUCUGACAAACUGGGCUCCUCUCCUUUAAGACUCUGUUUUAGAUGUGGCUAGAAGUUGUUUAAUCUGAUCCAUUCAAGCACAUGGACUAUCAGCAUUGUCAUUAUCUUACAGGCCUUCACACUGAAGAUUAGAGAGUAGAGAAAAAGACUGAAGAGUGGAAAAACUGCUAGAUAGAUGUUUGAUUUUACUACAACAAAUAAAAUCCUGUUGAGGUUA